AUGCGCGACGGCGGCCACUUCCGCCCCGGGAAGCGCCGCCUGCGAAUUGCGUUACCUUGGAUGCAAUCGGCCGCGAUCGGGCUCAAGGACGUCAUCUCAUCUACAGCAAAGCCAGUAAGACGAUUGAAUGGCCUCACCAAAUCAUUAUUUGCACUUUUUACCUCUGAAAUAGCUCAUGUAGCAUUGCAAAAUUCAAUGGCAUGCCUCUCCCUCCCCCUUGCUUUUGUGCGCGCUGAGCCGUGCGCGGGCGCGCCGGUGCGCGGGGCCGGCCGGCCGGCGCGGGCGAUGGCCGGGCGAUGGGCGCGCAUGGUCUCGGGGCGAAUGGCCGGGGCGAAUGGGAGCGCGGGCAUUGGACGAAAGCGCGUGGGCCGGCGAUGGGGCGCGGGUUUGAUGGGCUCGGGCAUGGGUCGGGGCAUGGGCGCGGACGAGGGGCGGGGACGAUGGCGCGGGCGACUGGGCGCGGCCGAUGGGUGUGGGGCGGGUUCGGACUUUAGUUCGGCGCUGAGGUUGCGCAACGAUGGGCGCGGGGCAUGGAGUUCCCCGCCCCCGUCCGCGAUCGCUUCCGGCGCCAACGCGCUUCUCCGAGCCGGUGACCCCCUCUCUACCGCAGCGCCCAUUGUCCGUUUUCUCCGCCCGCACCUUGCAUCUGUCCCGCGCGACCCCAGCCCCGCCUUCGCGGCCGACAGCAGCCGCUGCGCGCGACCUGCCUGGCACCGCCACCGCCACCGGCACCGGCUGCGGCAGCGCGCGCCGCCGUCGCCAGGCAACCGCGCACUGGGUCAAGGCGGAGGCAGGCGCGCGCGUCCACGAGCGUUGACCGCGCCUCCCACGCUCCGCACGACCCACCGCCGCCUGCGUCACCGUCCCUCCCUCCGCCCCGACAUCGGGGCCUCCGCCACCCUCGCCAUCGCCACGGCUUCCUUCCGCUGUCGUCUUCGCCACCGCCUACGCCUCCGUCAUCGUCGCCUCCGCCAUCGCCUCCGCCUCCGCUUGCGACGUCCCGUAGCUGUCGCAUCCACUUUACCCUCCGCCUCCCUGCGUCCCAUCUGCCCUCGCCUCCGCCGUCGCCUCCGCCUCAGAAGACGCCCUCGCCUCCGCCUCAGAAGACGCCUCCGCCGUCACCAGCGUCUCUACCUUCGCCCUCACCUCGAAUUCCCCCCUCCUUGCCGCCGCCACCAACUCGGCUGUCGCUCCUGGCGUCGCCUUCGCCGUGUGACUCAUACUCGAAGGCAAGACUGUGGGGCCCCUCUCGAAAUUUUCAGGGGCCAUGAUCCCUCCGCCACACUCCCUUGGGAGCACGCCUACGAGGCCAUUCACAUGAUAUGUACGAGGCUAUCAUCGGACUACGGCCUCGAUCCGGAGGACACCUACCGGCUGUCCCUGAGGGCGACAGCCGCCACUCCCGCGCCUGCACUCCCGUCCCGCCAGCCGCCGCACGCCCGCUGCUGCACACCCGCCCGCGGCGCGGCCUCGGACGGCGGGCGGCGCAGCAGCAGCGCGGGCAGCGCGGCGGGCGGCGGCGCCGACUUGGAAAAUGGCGGCGCGGACGCGGAGGGGCGCUGUCUGGGCGGCGGCGCCGCAGACUCCCCCACCGGCGCUCGGCGCCCGGCACGCCCUACCCUCUCCACGGCGCGCUCGCGUACCAAUGCGCGGACCGACGAGCGGCGCGCGGCUCGCCCGAGAGGGGGGCGCGCAUGCCCCUCCUCGCGGCGGGAGGGAGGCCGGCGACGAAAGACGCCGCCGCCGUCGCCGGCCUGGCUCGCCAUGGCCUCAGACUACCAGUAUUUGGGCAGCGUCCGCGAUCUGAGGGUGGUCGCCUCUCACGAGCUGUCUCCUCCUCCUCCUCCACAUCCUCCGACCAGCCGUCUCCGGAGCAGCUCCAUCAUCAGCACCCGCACGUGCACGAGGUGCACCAUCGCCACCACACACCACCACCACCACUACGAGGAGGGCGGCGGUGAGGAGGAAGCGGCGGCGCGCGCGCGCGAUCGAGGACGAGGAGGCGGGGCACGACCAAGGAGCUACAUCAGCACCACACCAGCGCAGCACCAGCAGCACACGCACCACGCAGCACCAACAGCAGACAGGCGGGCAGCGGCGGCGAAGAGCACAGCUAGACGAGAGGCGCGCCCGCGCGCUCGACGACACACACACGGCGGCGGCCGGCGCACUGCACGCGGGAGCCUACUUCCCCAGCAUGCGGCUGCGGGCGGACAGCUUCCCCGUGGGCUGUACACAUCAAGGCGGAGGCCGGCGGCAGCCCGGACCCCGCCGCCUCGCCUUCCCCACCAGGUGGUGCCCGGCGGGUACACGUUCCGCGAGGACGCCAAGGACGGCCUGGAGGAGGCGCUGCCCGCCGCCUUCAAGGCGCAGGAGGACGACUUCCGGCGCGCCACCUACGCCUACCAGAACGCCACCGAGGAGUACUUGCGCCACCAGAGCGCGGCCGGGGCCGAGUCGCCCGAGCUGGCGCGCAACGGCGACAGCGAGUCCCCGGCGCUGGAGAGCCCCAAGACCACCAUCACCACCACCACCAUCACGCAGCGGAGCAGCACAACCACCAUCACCAACAGCACAGCAGCGGCUGUUGGGGGGGGGGCGGCGGGCGCGCUCGCCGCCGACUUCGCGCACAGCUCGCCCGCUGCAGCCCGCGGCCAGCCGACGGGAGAGCAUUCUCACGGCAGCCUGACGCAACUGGGGUCGCCGGCGAGCGGCGGGGGCGGGGGCGGCGGUGGAAGGCGGCGGCGGUGGGGGCGGGCGGGGGCCGCAGUGGACGGCGACGCCGCGGCCGACACGCAACAACAACAGCAACACCACCACCAGCAGCAGCAGCAGCAGAGCGGCGCCAUGUACGUGGCGCAGGUGUCGCAGCACCAAGUCCAGCACCAGCUGCCGCUGGCCGGCCUGCACCAGGCGUACGACCAGGCGGCGGGCGGUGGGACGGGGGCGGCAGCCGCGGCGCCGGGCGUCGCGGCGCUCCUCCACGCCGGCCAGACCUCCGCCGCCGGCAACCUCUCCAGUUUAAUCACUCCACAACCAUACCCCGAAAACCUGUACGAGUCUCGUUAA